CUGUUUGUGAUUUUUCCCCUGUGGGUGUUGUCAACAAUUGGCUUGGGGUUGAGUGCUUGAGAUUGUUUCUUCUCCAAAGACAUGGGCUUGAUUAGAUUUCAAUUGUCGAUUGCUUGACCUUCUCUUUGAUGUUUUCGCAUUUAGAGUUUAUCUGAAUUUGAUCUCAGUUACUUUUCGCAAGUUGGUCUUUAAGAUUUUGUUCUAAUAUUGGGCAUCUGCAGAAUUUUGAUAUAGAGUAGUGUUUUGGUUUUCUCGUCUUACCUAGUGAGCUUUGGCAUAUUAGAUAAGUAGUUGAACCUUCACUGUUUUUCUUGACAUUAGGAUAACUCCACUCCAAAUCAAGGAUUACUUAUCCCCUACUGGAGAAUGACUAGAUUUAAAUUUAAAUUUAAAUUUGGGUAUCCGUUUGUCAUCUUAUGGGCUUUAAUUGACUUGGGUCUCAUUUAUUUUGUAACUUCUUCAUAUGAAUCUUGUCAGAAUCGGAUUUUAAUCUGAGGUCGUAUGCUGUUCUCUAAAUGUUUCCUUUGGUUUUGAACACUCUAUUUAGUUUUGGGAUUAUGUAUUGCUUCUAAUUUUUUGGGGUCUUAGACUUUAAUCUGAUAUUAUAUUUCUAUUUUCUUGGCAUGGGCUUGAUAAAGCUAUUGGUUCCAUUCUUUAUAUGUUGUUCUCAGUAAGUAUCAUAAAACAGAUCAAUAUUUCUGUUUCCACUCUUUGGAGUUAAUAAGAAUUUUAUCUGGGACUGUUGAUCAGAGUGUAGAUUUUUCGAACUUGCAGGUUUUGGCAGAAUCUGUCACUGGAUAAUAUUCUGUUUUUGGUUUAUCAUGUCUGAAUUUAUUUGCUUCAGCUAUUGAAUUUAGAUAUUGAGGAAAUCAUUUGUCAACCGUAAAUAUGGAGAUAACCAAUGUUUCUGAGUAUGAGGCCAUUGCAAAGGAGAAGUUGCCAAAGAUGGUUUAUGACUACUACGCAUCAGGUGCAGAGGACGAGUGGACUCUUCGGGAGAACAGAAAUGCAUUCUCCAGGAUUCUGUUUCGACCUCGUAUUCUUAUUGAUGUGAGCAAGAUAGACCUGACCACUACUGUCUUGGGCUUCAAAAUAUCAAUGCCCAUUAUGAUUGCUCCAACUGCCAUGCAAAAAAUGGCACAUCCUGCAGGAGAGUAUGCAACAGCAAGAGCAGCAUCAGCAGCUGGCACAAUUAUGACAUUAUCCUCGUGGGCUACUUCAAGUGUUGAAGAGGUUGCUUCUACAGGGCCUGGAAUUCGCUUUUUCCAGCUUUAUCUUAUUGUUCAGGUAACCAGAGACAGGAAUGUAGUUUCACAACUUGUGAGAAGAGCUGAAAGGGCUGGUUUUAAGGCAAUUGCCCUCACUGUUGAUACUCCAAGACUGGGUCGCAGGGAAGCUGAUAUCAAAAACAGAUUCGCUUUACCACCAUUCUUGACAUUGAAGAAUUUGGAGGGGUUGGACCUUGGCAAAGUGGAGAAGACAGAUGGCUCUGGACUUGCUACGUACGUUGCUGAGCAAAUGGAUCGAUCUUUAAGCUGGAAGGAUGUGAAGUGGCUUCAGACAAUCACUUCAUUACCAAUUCUAGUGAAAGGUGUACUAACUGCAGAGGAUGCGAGGUUAGCCAUACAAAACGGAGUAGCAGGUAUCAUUGUGUCCAAUCAUGGAGCUCGCCAACUUGAUUAUGUCCCUUCCACUAUCAUGGCUUUGGAGGAGGUUGUUAAAGCUACACAAGGGCAAGUUCCUGUUUUCCUGGAUGGUGGGGUCCGGCGUGGGACAGAUGUCUUCAAAGCAUUGGCACUUGGAGCCUCUGGAAUAUUUAUUGGAAGGCCUGUUGUCUUCUCUUUGGCUGCUGAUGGUGAAGCUGGUGUAAGAAAGGUACUCCAGAUGCUUUGCGAUGAGUUUGAGCUUACUAUGGCAUUAAGCGGAUGCCGUUCACUCCAGGAGAUCACUCGUAACCACAUUGUUACGGAAUGGGACCAACGUCGUUCAUUCCCUACCCCAAGAUUAUAAAAAUGCCUUGAAUAUCACCGAUUGGCCAACAUAUCAUCCAGUGAGUGUGAGUUUCCAUGUACAUGAUCAAGAGCCUGCCUGUUGUUGGAAGUGCUAAUUUCAGAUUCAGUGGAUUUUAAAUAAUUUGAAGAAUUUAAGCUUUUUUAGUUAUGAUGAAUGGUUCUUCCUCAAGUGACUAUCCUAGGCUUCCCUGUGUAUUUUUUUUUUUUUUUUUUACCCAGAAUAUGUUUUUAAAAAUUAAAAGAUAUAUCUGUGAGGCUUUCUCGAAGGAUAUUGUUAUAGAUCUGUAACUUUUUAGGAACAUGGGUUGACAUCAAAUGCAACAUGAUUUCCUAGACUUGAAUGCAA